AUGGCCUCAUCGGCCUCGUCGUCGUCGGGACGGUUGUCUUCGAAGCCUCCAGUGAUGGUGGGAGACGGUCAAUACUACGCACACCCCGAUGACAUCUCGGCUUGGACCGACGAUCUUCGACUGUGGCCGAACACAACCUCGGGGGACAUCGUCUACUAUUUGGUGAACUCGAAGGCCUGUGAUUUGCAAGAUGUUAAAGCGUACAAAAGCCUUGAAUCGUAUAACUACCUGCAGUGCGGAUGGGUAGGGAAGCUGCUGGCACAUAAGAUAAACAACGACGCUGUGUACGUGCAAGGGGACGUAAGGCCCUCCCAGGCCGUCAACAACAAGCCACAUAAAGCGUGGAUCUGUGCCAGAUACAGUGGUGAAGUUGUAACAGCAGGAUGCACGUGUAUGGCCGGCAGGGCGAGAGUAUGCAGCCACGUCGGUGCGGUAUUAUGGAAAAUUGAUCUGGCAGUUUGCAGAGGGCUUACAGGCAGCUCAUGCACAGAUACUGCUAUGCAGUGGAAUCAAGGAACGAAGCGAAACGUCGAACCAGCUGUUUUGCAAGAUAUAACCUUCAGGGUUCAGAAGCGGACAGUUGACAGCGAGGUGAAGCAGGAUAGAAGCAAGGAUGCCCGGAACAGCCAUCCAAAGGGUGAAAAGGCCUUCCAAGAUUUUCUGAAGUCAUCGCCAUUCUCUUUUCUCUUCAACAUCAAAGGUACACUUCUCUAUGACACUAUACAUGCUUCGUCACGGGAACAAGAGGAAAGCAGCAGCAGCAAGGCACGCCCGUCACCAGCACGAGAAGAAAACAAGGAUGAAAGUGAGCAGGACCACAGCAGCCAUGACGACUAA